CGUCCAACGGCUUCGGCCAUAAAACCCUCUGGGUCGGGUUUAGCGAUAAGGGUUUUACUAACAUUUGGCCCAAAAAAUUCUGCGGCCGAAAAAUUCCACCCAAUAUCCUUGCCCCUGUCGAAUCGGAUCAGCCCCCGUCCUCUCGCCGGAAAUCGGUGCCCAAGCGAUGGAGAUCAUCAACGGGGCGGUCCUCCCGCGCCACGCCGCCGCCGCGGCGGGCGCCCUGACCUCUGACGCGAGGGUCAGCGGCCAUCUCCAGCUGCUCCGGCGCGUGCGCCUGAGGGGAAGGGCCUGCGGGCUGCAGGCGGACCGCGACAGCUUGCCGCGCAGGUUCUUCGGCCCCCCGUCCCCGCGGCGGCACGGGAGGAGCGACUGGGGCGGCUGGCCGGCUCGCUGCAGCUACGGUUCGUCCUCCGACGGCGACGGCGCCGCGGCCGCCAACUUCGACGCCAGCGGAGAGGAGUUCGUCGACUCCAGCGUCAUCGAGGCUGUUGAGCUCAGGAGCGUAUCAGAUGGUUUUGAGAUAAAAAUGCGCGACGGCAAAAACUUGAGAUGUGUUCAGAACAAUCCUCGCGUGCUAAGACUGCGGGACUCCGCGCCGCACCAUGCUAUUGUGCUGAAGGUGGAAGAUGGAAGCGACCUUCUGCUCCCCAUUAUCGUCAUGGAAACACCAAGCAUUAUGUUGCUGGCUGCGCUUCGGAACAUUCAAAUUCCAAGACCAACUAUUUACAAUGUGGUAAUGGAGAUGACGAAAAGAAUGGGAUAUGAGGUACGUUUGGUGCGGAUUACGGAGAUGGUCCAUGACGCGUAUUAUUCUCGACUGUACCUUGCUAAGGUUGGGAAUGAAGAAGACACCAUUAGCUUUGACCUCAAGCCAUCAGAUGCUAUCAACAUUGCUUUCCGGUGCAAGGUUCCUAUACAAGUUAAUAGGCACAUUGCAUACAACAAUGGAUUGAAAGUUGUACAACCAAAGGCAGAGGAGAGUUAUGUGGGUUCGGACGACAUCCAAAUCACAAGGCUUGACAGGCCUGAUGACCAGCCUUGCGGUGAGGCCCAAGAGUUUGAUUUGGUCCGCAACAUGCUCAUCGCUGCCGUAGAAGAACGCUACAAAGAUGCUGCGCAGUACAGAGAUCAGCUUUUCAUGUUGCGGUCAAAGAAAAAGAACGCAGUCUAGCAGGGCAUGCCUCAUGAGUUCUCCGCAUCAGUGCAAACAUUCAGCUUGUCAGGCCUUCAUGGGGGCGUACAUAUUAGGAGGCCUUUGGCUGGAAAACAUGAAUCUUUGGCAAAGAUCAAGAAGCACCAUGUAAAUAGUUACAGAAAACUUAUGUAUAUAUAGAUGUGCUCGGAGCAUAAUUCUGGAUACUUUAGCUCAGUUGCAGUGGCUGUACUCAAAGUGGCAAUGCUUGUAGUGUCGCACAA